AUUUUCGUGCAGAAGGUAGCCCGAAGAAUCAUGUAACGUUAAAGAUAGCAAUGCGCCACCGUGUCCAAGCUCAACGCCACCUAAAGCGCCAGAAAGCACAUUAGGUCGUAUUUCCUAUUCUAACCUAAUUCAGCAAAAUGGCGCUGGACGAGCCGAUGGCGCCGCAUAUCUACGACAAGUUGACAUCUUGCGAUCCUGGAUUGGCUUGGGAACUGUGUAGAAAUUACAUCGGAUAUCAGCUUUUAGGUAGGGAUGCCGUAACUGUUCCCUUUCUUGAUGAAGCCUAUCAUGUUGUUCCGUUUGGAGUGGUUGUAAAAAAAUCAAAAAAAUCGCUUAGUGUACCUGGGACAAGUUUCGGUGGUAGUUCGAGAUCGUCUUAUGCAAUAAUUGGAUCUCUUGCAAACUUGACAGCUCCUCAUGUUGACAAAGCACCAUUUCGACAAAGAGCAGAACGGGUUUACGAUUACAACUUCAACGAUAAGUUUGUUUAUCGGAUUUCGGGGAUGAAGAAUGGCGUCAAAAAGGCAGUCAAAAUUAAAAUAAAUGGUACCGAAUGCUUUGAUGUUUCUCUCAGUAUGGAACUUGGAAAACUUGUAUUGGAUAAAAGACUAGAAGAGUUAGAUGCAGUGAAAAAAAUCUUCAUAAUAUUCGAAGUCUUUUUUGCAAACUCUGUUAGUGUCAGCGUCACUAUAGGGGAACAGCAGCCUGGAAGUCAGUACAUGGAUACAACAAAUCGCAAAUUUGCACAUGACAGAAGAAUGCCUAUUGGAUUCAACGCUCAGAAGUUUCCGCUAAUGGCAAACGGAUGUGUUGGUUUCACAGAAAAAACAAACUUAGAAGGCUUGAGAGAAGGAAGAUGGAAAAGGUCAACGCGUCUUAAAAGUGAUCCUCUUCCACGAGUACCAUCGCACGAAGCAGGAGGUAGUUGGAAUACAGGUGGCCCUAUAGCGGUUCGAAGAAAUCCUCAAGACAUUUUACCAGGAGUUCCAGGCCAAAGAAGGAAUGACCCUCUACCCGCUCCCCCACAAGACAGUGACUCUUCAGAUUGAAGACACUAGGCAUAGAAUAUGAGUGGUUAUACGAUGGAAAACACUUGGUGGUAUCUUAUCUUCAAUUUGAGCAAUCAAUACUGAUAUCUGCUAACUUAUACCUUCAUUUCCGAAUAUUAAAAAUCGGAAUCAUGUGAAGUUUUAUCUAUGCCAUUGAUUUAUACAGCUUAUAUAUAUAUUACAUUCAAUAAAUUAAAUAUACGUGAAUCAGA